AGAAGUGUCCCGGUCCGGGAGGAAGGAAGGACGCCAGCGGCUGAUGAUGCGGGCCUCCCUGCCCCGGCUGUCUGCAGCGGGCGUCCCAGGAGGACAGGAGAGAGGUCUUGCUAAGCGGAGCGAGCGCAGGAGGGCCGGACUGCUGGGGCGCGCGGGCCGCCGGGUUCGGACAGGGUUAAGACCAUCACCUGCAGCUGAAGUGCGACCCAGAUGGGAAGUAGGAAGUGCGCGCCUGAGCUUCCUGUAUAAAUAAACUCACGGCUCCCGUCGCUGCUGCUGCUGGCGGCGGUGCUGCGCCCCGAGCUCUGCGAGGUUCCCCGGGCAGCGCAGCUGCGCCCCGAGGCAGGAGGCGGUUCGAGGGACGCCUCCUCCCUCUCCGGCCCGAUCGGUCUGGGAGCCCGAGCCCUGUUGCAGUCCUGCAGAGCGCAGAGCUGUCAGCCGCAGAGCAGGGAGGAAGACGGAGGGCAUGGAACAGCCGUUCUUCCCCGGGGUGCGAGCGGUCCCGGCUGGCGGUGCGCGCGAGGGAGGCUGCUGAGAAGCCCGACGGCGGCCGGGAGGAACGGAGCUCUCCGGCCAGGGAUUGAGGAGACUGAAGGAGGCUGAGGACCAGCUGAUGGGCUCAGUGGGAAGGCUCCACUGUCUGACCAUGACGGCCGCCGAGAAUCCCGCGCCUGGAGACCUGGCUCUGGCGCCCCUCGUCACUUGCAAACUCUGCCUGUGUGAACAGUCUCUGGACAAGAUGACCAUGCUCCAGGAAUGCCGAUGCAUCUUUUGCACAGCUUGUCUGAAACAGUACAUGCAGCUGGCAAUCCGAGAAGGAUGUGGGUCUCCCAUCACUUGCCCGGACAUGGUGUGCCUAAACCAUGGGAUCUUGCAGGAAGCUGAGAUUGCCUGUUUGGUACCUGUGGAUCAGUUUCAGCUUUAUCAGCGGUUAAAAUUUGAACGAGAAGUCCACCUGGACCCCUGCAGAACGUGGUGUCCCGUUGCAGACUGUCAGACAGUGUGCCCCGUCGCAACAAGUGACCCAGGACAGCCCGUGCUGGUGGAGUGCCCUUCCUGCCACCUGAAGUUCUGCUCGUGCUGCAAGGAUGCUUGGCAUGCAGAAGUCUCCUGCAGGGACAGUCAGCCCAGCAUCCUGCCAACAGAGCAUGGGACGCUCUUUGGGACGGAGGCAGAAGCCCCCAUUAAGCAGUGCCCCGUGUGCCGGGUUUAUAUUGAGCGCAACGAAGGCUGUGCUCAGAUGAUGUGUAAGAACUGCAAACACACGUUUUGCUGGUACUGCCUUCAGAACCUGGACAAUGACAUUUUCCUCAGACACUAUGACAAAGGGCCAUGUAGAAAUAAGCUUGGCCACUCAAGAGCCUCAGUGAUGUGGAACCGAACACAGGUGGUCGGGAUUCUCGUGGGGUUGGGCAUCAUCGCCUUGGUGACUUCGCCCUUGCUGCUUCUGGCUUCCCCGUGCAUCAUCUGUUGUGUCUGCAAGUCCUGCCGGGGCAAGAAGAAAAAGCACGACCCAUCCACAACCUAAAGAUCUCAGUUUGUGUCCAUGUGCCGCAGGUGUCUGGGUUAUACAAGACUGCAGUGAUAAAGCCCCACUUAAUGAACUCACCUCCUCCUCCCUGCCAAACUUUGGAAGUGCCUCUGUGUCCAGACUUUGAACUCACCUGCCCACCUUUGGCAUCUGUAAAGGCCAAGCGCUCAUGCGUGUGUUCCUGUGUAAAGAGAACCUGGGUUCAACAGUCCAGACUGUGUCUGUGGAGUGUGUUGAGAAGCUCUGGGUUGAUGAGGAGAAACUAACACAUCAUCAUGUUAUCACUCAAAGGCUUCCCCAGUGGACUGUUCAACUUCCAGCCAAAUCCAUGGAGCCUGCACGAACACUCGGUAUAAUAAAUGCGCUGCCAACCAUGACAACACACACUCUUCACUGAGAAGCCAGAGUCUGUCCUGGGUUGAUUUGACCAUCACAAGAAGCAGGAGGAAAACCUCCUGUAGGAGGGGAAGAAUAAGACUGUUUAAGGGGAAAUUCUUGUAAGAAUUGUUAUUUUUAUAAGAAUUAUAAGAGGGCCGCUUAUCUUGGGAGUUGAUAUGGUAGUUCUGCCAGUUACUGGGCGUACUGAUUUCGCCAGUAAGUUGGCAGAAACACAAUAGGUUUCUCCUCUGUGAUCUCAGCUUCAAGCCAGAGAGACUACUAUGCCAAGGGAGUUGGCCUUUCCCAGGAAAAGGGUUGCAGCAGGUGAAACCGUCUGGUCUAAUUUAGCAUCUCUCCCCUGAGUGAUCAACUUUGCCUCCAGCCAGUAGCGGUGGUCUGCAGGAUUGUUUAAUAUGAAGUUUGGGUAAAGUGGCAGAGAUUCAAAAUUGUCAUCAUAGGUAUCAGAGACCUUUCUUGAGCUCUCUGUUCAUGUGCCCAACAGAUUUAGAAUUGGACCUACAAGUACACACCAAGAGAAUAUUAAAGUCAUAGAUAUAUCCAGAAUCUAUGUAACUUGCCACUUAACUAAAGUUUGAAUCCAUUGGGCAUGAAUGGAUAUCUCCAAUAGUACACACAAAAUACGUGUUUACUUGAAACCCAUUCUGUCUUCUGGGACUAAUAUGGUUUAUUAUAAAUCAACUUAAUUUUUUUUGCAUAUUAUAUAUGUAAAUUUUGGUUACAAGUGCAUUAAGUUACCCAAAGGUUUCGACUCAUAACUCUUAAAGCAGUACUCAGUACGAUGUGCCAUGUCAUUUUGUAAAACACAGAUUGAUAUUCAAAUUGUUGGUGUAUUUUCGAACACAGUUCAGCGCAGGCCUAUUCCCAGCAAAGUUUUGCUCUUUCAGCCUCUGUUCGAUCUGAGUACCUUUUGUAUGAACAGGGCACUGAUACAACAACAAAAAAUAUCUGAGAAACAAAAUGUCCUUGCUUUCUGUAUCUUUAACACUUUGUAUCACCUCAUGGUGGCUUAUUUUUCCUGUUGUACCAUCAGUCAGAUUUUGAAUAAACGAGUUUUGAAAAGACAGUACCUUUUACUAUAAUUGCCAUUAGCAAAGUAGCCUGGUACUUCAUGAGAACCAUAUUAAAUAUUAGUGGACGGCUCUUUCUGAAGCUCGGAGUACCACAUCGGGACCUGGGAUAUUUUCUGAGGUCACUGGAUAACUAGACUAUUAUAUUGCUGCUAUCCCUGACCUGUUAUUACAGAAUGAUGCUUUGCCUAUGUAAGGGGUUGUAUUCUAAGUGGGGAUGUGUAUAUUAAGGAACUUUAAUUCACAAGUACAUAUUGAUAUCCGAGUAUGUAUAACACAUCUGUUGGUUGUGUACAUUUUUAUUUACAGUUUGUAUAGAACAUAGAUGAGAACUCUGGGAAAACUUUUGAAUGGCAACCUACCCCAAACUAUUUUUAAUCAUUCAUUAGAGGUUUCUCAAUAGUGUCUUUAUUUUCCUUUGAAACUAUAAAUACUUCAGAAAAAAAAAAAACCAGUAUCUUCUUCUAUCACUGUGUUUCGUACUAGUAUAAAUAUAAAUGGACAUAGAUUUGAAUACUUUUCUUUGUCUUACACUGCCUCAUUAUAGUACAGGGCAUUUACAACUGCUCAGGGGAUCACAGGGACUCAACUGAAACUGAAUUUUUGUAUCAAGAAUGUCAGUCAUGGCAAUGUACUCCCCCACAUUAACACACUCUCCAAGCUUGGAUCCAUGAAGAAUCUUUAAACAGGGGCUGAUUUCACAUAUCCUGAAGUGCUACACUAUCAGAAGCAGAGCUCUGGAAUUUGAAGAAAAGGUGGAAGAAAGCAUUAAUGCUGUUUCCUUGGCAAAUUGAAGGAAUAUGUCUUCUCACAGAAAUACUAUGAAAGAAUUAGCUUACUUUUUUGUGGGGAGUGGGGAUUGUUUUUGUCCAAUAGAUUUAAAAUAACUGGAUUUAAGUUUUUAAAUGUUGAAAAGUGCCUGAAAAUGGGUGACUUCUUCCUUAAAUCGCUCAGCGGUUUGGCUUGUGUGAGACUGUCAGAAUCAACAGGAACGGGUUGGUUGGUUAACCCAAAUAUAUCUCUGUUGCAUCAGAGGGCAAGCUGCAAGCCAGUCUAGAGAUUGUGUUUAUAAUGGGGAAAGCUGACAACUUUGAUAACAGAAUGAUGCUUUCAUUUUGUAUAACUGGCCAGAGAAAGGGUUGAAUCUUGUCUCCUUCCUGUUUGUCAGCUCUGUCCUUUCCUAGUGAUUCUCUGUCUGUUCUAGGAAGAAGUAUGGGUCUAUUUAAUGAUAUUUAGAUCUCUUUGUGUUUGGAGUAGUGUAGUCCAUUUGAAACAGAAAUUCAAAAAAUCCUUCACUGCAUUGUCAUCUGGAAGGAAUAACUCAGCAUCCAGGUGAGGUAGGGAGGUGAAGAAGAAAACCAUAUGGAAGCAAAUUUUAGAACCUUAAGCAUCCUAUUUGUUCAUGCCAUGGAUGUUUACUCCUGACUUGAAAUCGCUAGUUUGAAAGAGGCCUUUGAAAAAACAAAACAACUUACAGUAUAAAUUUUCUUGUAGCUGGCAUCACAGAAAUCUUACCUAUUCAGGUUUGAAAAUCUAUGUUGGUUUGAAUGUUAAUCACUGUUUCUUAGAACCCCAAAUUGUCUUUUAAAAAGUAUACAGAAUCUAAAUGUGUAUUACUUUAGCCUUCCCUACACAGUGCUUUUAAAAAACUGUCUGUUCAUAAAUGGAUACCUUCAUGUAUAUAGAAUGUGUGUAUAUGUGUGGUUUGAAAGAGUUUCAGAAUGCCUUAGAUGAAUGACAUUUUAUAAAACUGUUACAGUGGAUAUCUAUAGGCUAUUACAUCUCUGUUGAUUCAUGAUCCAAAAAGUUUUGUUCUGUAUUUAAGAAAUUGUUGUUGUGUUAUAUUUUUCCAAGUAUGUGAAAGGAAAAUACCUGGCCUCUCUGGCCCCAAUAAAUGUGGAGCAGGAAAUCAAA